UAUUGAAAUCUUAAAAAGGUUACUAAAUUUCUCGAUAUAUUUUGCAAUCUGGGUCAUGAGGAUAUGGUGAGUAACAGUUCCAUCGGAAAACAGGAUUCAGAUGAACAGGGUAAUCUGAAUUAUCGUCAGUCUAACAUUAGUAUCGUGAGGUUGCAGUUAUUCGAGUAUGAUGAGUGUUUUUCUCUGCGUGCUGUAUCUGGUCCUGUAUCACCAGACUUCUGGGAUGAACGUUCAGCAUCUACAGAGCUCCGGUCAGGAGCCCGUUCAAGAUAAUCUCAUAAUCAGCACCAUUUGCAAGCCCCGCGAAACUUUAGUUGCGGUGGAGCAGGAGCAUCCCGCGGCGACGCUGUGGCGCGUUUUCCCCGCGUGCGUCCCUCUGCGGCGCUGCGGGGGCUGCUGCUGGGACGAGGCCACGCUGUGCGUCAACGUCAGCGCGCACACCGCUGUCAUGCGGUUGAAGCAGUUUGUCAAGGAUGCGCUUGGCAGGAGUGUCGUGGAGAUUAUUGAGCUGCCGUUUGUUGAGCAUAGCCGGUGUGAGUGCAGGCACAGAGACCUACUGUGAUGCUUUUUUGAAACAGUUCAUCCAUUUUUAAUUGUAAUCUGUUUGUUAUUUUAUAUGUUAUUUAAAUUGUUUCCUAUUACUAACAUUAUUAAUAAUAUAUUACUUUUAGGAUUACUUUUAUAUUUGAGAUUGCGUAAAGCAUUUUCACUCAUGUAAAACCUUUACGGUUUACUUUUAGUUGUACUUGUUUCACUCAGCAGUUUCAUUUCAUUAAUUUUUCCCCUUCUGGAAAAAAGAAGAAGAAGAAGAAGAAGAAGAAAGGAAAUGCCACACAUGAAAACAUAUUCAGAAUGAAAGAAAGAAGGCGCAUAUUCUUGUGCUUGUUUUGGUUGCUUUGUUAUUAAUAAAC